AUGCGUGAUAUGCAAACAAAUGUCUUUGAAAGUAUGAGCAAAGUUAAAAUAGUUGAAACAUAAAUCGUUGUUCUACUUGACUCUUCUUUUUAUUUCUUACCACUGCUAAUUCGUGUGACAUACUUAGAUACACCUUAAGAAAACUUUACACGAGCUGUUUCUGGGAUAAGUAUUUGGUGCCAAAGUUACAAGUGUUGAAAAAUAAGAAUUUGUCGUGAAUGCAGCGGUCCCCGAACGUGAAGACAACUUCACCAUGUAUCUACGAGAAAAGUAGACAACUUCAGCGACGUGUUAUGUCUAACGUGCUACUACAAUGUUAAUAGUAUUGCUAGUACUACAUACUGAGUACAUUUUAAAAUAAUCUAAUAUCGCUGCUGAUAGUCAUACGAAUAUUGAGAUGGGUAGAAGAAUUCAUAAAAGCAAUCGUCAUAAAAAAAUAAAAGCAGUGGAUCCAUUUUUAAAAGGCAAAGAAUAUCUCCACCAGAAUCCAAACACCAAUCAUAAACCUUUAGAUGAAGAUAUUCAAGAAGUUCCUCGAAAACUGCAAGAGUUCAUAGAGAUGAAAACACUAGCAAAGAAAAAUAAAUUGGGAAAUAAUAAGAAAAAAUUUAAGAAACAUAAUCUUAUUACAGUAACAAGUGACCUUAUGGUUGGUGAUGUACAGGGAAUGAAACGUCCUUUAAAAGACAUACCUCAGAAGAUUCAACAAGAAAAAUAUGAAAGUGAGCUUCAGUUCAUUCAACGUUUACAUCGUGUGACAGAACAAGCUAUUGCAGAGGUGCGUAUAGAAGAAAAAUAUGGAAUCAAUAAGGAAGAGCAAGAUCUUGCCAUCAUGAAUUCCCAAAUUAAAGAUAAUGGAAAAUCUAAUAAAAAGAAAAGAAAUUUUCAUGAAAAGAAGAGAUUAAAAAAGAGAAUGAAAAAAGAAGAAAAAAUUGAUGAUUUUGCUUAUUUAAAAGAUGAUGUUAGUUUUGGAGAAACUGUUUCUCAUCCUCCUAGUCUGAAGAUCAGGCCUAAAAUGGGAAAGGCAAAAGAUAAAAAGGCAGGACAGAGGCAACUAUUUUUGAAAAAUUGUAUCUCAAAGGAUGUCAAUACUGAACCAUUAUUAUCCAACAAAAAGAAGAAAUUGGAUCUUACUGUUAAAAGACAAGAACUGUCUUUCUCUGAUCAUAGAAGAUUGGAAGCAGAAAGAAAGCAGGCGAUUGAGUUAUAUCGUCUAAUGAAAACUCGUAAAUUGUUAAAAACAUCGUUUUAGAUGAUGUCUUAACAUUUUCUAUAAUACUGUGUACAUAUACAAUACUGUAUGGUGUCCCUAUGGAUAUUAAAAUCAUUUUGAACUAUGAA